CCCUGCCAUCUGUGAUGAAGCGCUGGAGGAUCAGUAAUUGUUCCUCAGAGGGUGGGGAGGGUCUGCUCAGCUCCUCGCACCGCUACCUGCGAGGAGACUGGAGCGCUGUGACAUCGCGACCUCGGCCCACAGAAAGGUCACGUAAAACACUGAACUUUUUAAACUCAGGUGAUGCAUGUGAGGAUCAGCAGCAAGACUGUGGCUCCAGCUCAGGUGCCGACCCCAGGACGUCCUCACCCGCUAUCAGUCCCAAGGCCCUUCCUUCUAUCCUAUUAUCCUAUUCCCAUCAUGUUGCAGCUGUUUUAGCCCUCCAGGUGUGAGGUGCUAGCAGGCAGCUUAGCAUCGAUACUCGCUAACUCUCUGUGUCCUGUAAGUCGACACAUGAUUCCAGAGAUCCCUCUCGCAGUCUUUGCUGCGACAUCAUGGCUCGCAUUCAGUUGAAUUUUGCCCCAACGUCUGUGCAAGGCUAGCUAUGCUAGCUGCGCCGUAGCUUAGCUUGUCUUCAAUGUCGUUGAUUUGACAUCGUACCAUGGUGCUGUUUUACAUAUAGAUAAAGUAUUGUUUGCACCGGGGUCGUUCAAGUUUCAGUGGCGAUAUAUUUUGCAAGUUGAAUUGAUUUGAGAGGGAGACGAGUCGUGGGUCUGGGGGAGAAGUCGACCUGCGAUAUGCAUCGCCGUGCCUCCUUUAUUUUACUGAGAUGUUGAAGCCUCAAGCAGCUCCAACGUCGAUAAGACACAAGUCCAAUCUCGAUCGUGCUGUGUGAACGUUUCUUCGAAGCUUCUCUUCGUCUCGCCGAACACAAGCGCUGACGUUGAGCGGCUCACAAGAGGCUUCCCGUCGAGGUUUAUUCACAGACAAAUGCAAAACAGAUUCAGCUACUAAUCUGAUCCUGCUCUCGGGAUUUAAAAGGUCAAUCUUCUGAUGUAUUUACAUAAUACUUUAUUUGUGAGGCGCAUGAAUGGAGAAUCCAUUACGCUGUCUGCUGUUACUGCCUGGAUCCUGUCAACAAGUCCGUGGCAGCAGCUGCUCUAAAGGCUUCCAGAUUUAGGAACAAAAUUCCUCAAAUCCACAUGAUAAAAUAUUCAUCCACAUGCUGACUCAUACCCCGAGGGGGAGACAUGAAAGAUUUCAUCUGCACCAACCCUCCCAACUCCUUCAGUGGAUCAUAUUAUUAAUAUCUGUUGUGGGUGUCGACUCAUCCGGAAGCUUCCUCCAGGCCUGGAGAUGGUGGGAGCUUUGGAGCCGGCGUCUUCCUGACCCAGCCCAGCCACUCAGAGGUCAGGGCUUCAUGCCGGGCGCCGUGUCCAAGGCUGACGGCUUCACUGUGAGCUGCUCUCGCAGCGUUGUCUAGACAGUUACAGUUACAUUUGUGUCCGUUCAGUAGUCCAUCGUCUUUCUCCUCAUCUGGCAAAUCAGAGGAGAAUUGUGCUGUGUCCCAGAUGGACGCAAUCCAAGAUGGCUCCCCUGAACCAAGCAAGACGUUUUGAACCAGUGAAACACGCCAGAAGAACCAAACAAACUUGCAUAACGCUGGUGACGUCCACCACUGUGGAGCCAUUCCCCGCUCCUACUUCCCACUUCCGAGCUCACGCUUGUCGUAGCAUGAUGCUAAGCUAAAGAGAAGGGUCCAGCUGUCCGUGCGCGCGCACGCGAGGAGAGCGCCAUCGAGGGGGUUUCCGUCACGUUUACUGUCCAAGCACCAUUUCCCUUCUGAAGCUCUUUUUGCUUUUUGUUUAGCAAGCACCAGUAACUGGAUGGCGGUGUUCCAUCUUGAACUGCCUGUUCAUUUCAGUAAUAUGAAUGAACACACGAAUCCAGAAGGAAGAUUAUUUCAUGACAGAUGCAGAAGGUGUAUUUUGAGUCACAGCAUGGAGAUAAGAAGGUUGAAGUUGGGAGGUGUGUGGCAGAGCCGUGGCCCCUGUGUGAGAGCGUGUGAGGCCCCGGCACAUGACUUUGUCAGUGAGGUGGAAACUGCCUGCUGCUCUGAUACGGCCACAGAAUAAACAGGUUGUUAGCGAGUCGCUCCAGACGAAAGACAAAAGAGGGGCGAGUACAAGUGCAGCGCUGUGGAGUUCCCUCCUGCUUCCCAGGCAGUGGAUGCAGAAAACAUCCACUGACAACUGCAUUCCAGAGCGGUCUGUUUGUUGGCCCUCCAUUGAUUCAACAUGAAGUAAACAGAAAACAAAGCCAGCGACUCGCCGGCCACGAAACCAAGUGGUGUUUCUUAGCAACAGGCAAGAGUCUCUCUUGUUCUUCAUUCGUCUGAACGAGUGGUGUCAAGCUAAAUAACUCACAUUGUCAUGUGAAAUGACGCUUUUAUUUCAUCAUGAAAUGUCGAGCUCUGGCUGCAGAGCUGAUGCAUGACUGACAUCACUGGAGGCCGUCAUUCGUCAGCACGGCUCUUAACAACUCGUUCAUAUUGUCAUCUCAGUUGCCACGCUCAUACAAAGUCAUACCGUCAUAGAUCAGGGUUACAUGAAGGACUUUCAGGUUUGUGCUUUCAAGUUGCUAAUGAAGUGUCAAGUUUGUAGCGCGUCCAUAAGCCGGUGCACGUUUACGUUUCAAGUUCAUAUUGUGGCUUUAUUGCGCUGUAAAUUACAUUCCAAAAGAAGAUGAUCCACCCGUCACUUUUUAACACUGUGGUCUUAGUGUUUCAACCUUUUGCCAUCAUGCACCUCAUGAAGUUCCAAAGGAGCCAGGCCUUCUCUCCUCCAACUCAUUUGUGUGCACCUAACAGGUUUGAAUCAAGUUCAUUCUCAGAUGCAGCUCUUUGUCUUAGUCAGAAAUAGAAGCUGUUGUUGUGACGCCGUCUACCGUCGCCUCAUAACCAUAACACUUCAUCUUCCUCCUCCUCGACGUUCCUCCUCUCGGCCAAUAAAUCAUCUGAUCCGCCAAACCUCUCCGCUGUCAUCGCUCACUUCUCACUGCCUUUCUCUCAUCCUACACUCCAUGCUAGGCCCAUCCCUCCAUCCUCUUCCUCCUGCUGCUGUGGCUUCAUCCAAACAUUCCACAUAUUCCCUCCCUGUGAGUGGGAAGGCCGGAACGAGUCCAGUGGUGAUAGUGUGUAAAUGAGCCGCGUGUGUUGACGCCGCUGUGAGUCAGAGGACGAGUCACUGCUGGGUAGCUGAGAACACACACGUGCAAAUAUAGACACACACUUCUCCUCUGCCACUGCACUUACGCUCUGCUUCAUCUUCUCUGUCGCAUGUGUGUGUGAGAGCAGAUUUACCAACACAACUCCGCGAUCCAUGAUCGUUGAGGUUUGCUGUGACGUGUUUGGAGCAGGGGACUCAGACUGGAAAUCAGGAAUUGGAUAUUUAAUUGUGCAGAAAAGCAAGAGUCGGCUUCUAGUGCUGUGGUGCAGAUCCCAGACGAGUGGCUGGUGAGGGUCCAGGAGUCCAGUGGUGAGGCUGGCUGUGCAGUUCAAGUGCAGGAGGUGGAGGCAGGCUGAAGUUCUGAGGCAGAGGUUAAAAUAACUCAGACUUGGGUAUCGGCAGGCAGUGGCAAGCAAAUCCUGAGUAAAUCCGGUUAUGGGCCGAAGCUUGCAGCCCUGGAAGCCCCUGAACGUCACAUGACCUCCGUCCGUGAGUGGAGUCCCACGGCUCCGUAUCAGCUGGUCCUUCUCAGUGGGACGUCCCCGCAGCCGUGCACUCACCUCACUAGGUGACGAAGCUCGCGGCCACGGCACUGAUGAUGAAGAUGAUGAUGAAGAACUGGGGACUGUGUUUUGGGCUUGACAAACUUCCUCUUGACUCAAACGCAGUCAUGCGACGCCGCUGGCUCCAGUGGUGUCAGAUGUCUCUCCAGUGACUCUGAUCCUUUUAAAGAGUGUGAAAACAUGGAGCUUCUUUCAUCACGUGUGGAGGGAUCAUGACGACGGCGUCCAAAGCCUUGGUUGAGUCUGAGGAGGCUUCUCCUCCUCACUCAUCCACUCACAGCGCCUCACAUGCCAAGUGUCUUGCACUCUGGAGGAGUUUCCCCGCCAUCAACGUCAUUUAGUUCUGCUUUACUUCGGCUUCUGGCGAGCGCAAGAGUGAGUCAGCGAUUCUGUCCCGACCACACGCUUCAAACGGCUCAUGUUGGAGGUGAGGUCCCCUCGUGCGGGGAUCUCAGGGUCUUGUUCACGAGUGAGGUGAGGAAAGGACGUUGAGAGAGAUCCGUGCCGUCUCCUCUCUCAGCGGUGGUGAGGACAGAGCGGAGCUGAAGCCCAUCUCAGGAGGUAACAGGAGCACACAGGAGGAACCUUCUUGAGCUUGAGGUUGCAACAUUGAAGCGUCCUGAAGCCGAGCGUGCGAACGGUCGACAACAUCUCAGCUGCGGCUCUUGAGAAUAAUGAACCCAGCGGAUGCUAUUUUGGGAUUUCCUGCGUGUUGCGACCUCCCUGAGACACGCGCUACACGCUCACUCUGGAACCCUCUCCCAGGGUUGGGAGGCUCCCUGCUGGCAGGACGUGCAGGCUCACGCAGCUUUGUGUUGUUUAAGAUUCCACCCCCAACUGGAUGUGUCGGCUCCGAUCCCAUCACCGGUAAGAACCUCAACAGAUUGGCCUCGGUUUCACAGGGAGGCUCGUGACUUCUGCGCCUUGUGGUCAGAGGCUGCAGUGAGUCGGCACCAACCUGUGGCAUGUUGCGUGUCGUCACCCCGUCUUCUCAGUCACCAAUGCUCUCAUCCAUCCUCAUCCUCCUCUCCUCUCUUCCCUCAGCCAUGUUGCUGUCUGACGGACAUGAAUCACCUGCAUGUGGACGAGCGGCAGACGCGGUGAUGGAUGGAGCGAUCGGCUCACUGAUCAGAAGAUGCAUGAAUCAUGAGCUCAUGAGUGAUGUUCUCCGCUCUGCAGCAGAUGUUCCAGACCGGAAGUUGUCCACAGACGAGGAGGAGGCCAGGCGCGUCGCAGAGAUGGGGAAGCCCGUGUUGGGCGAACACCCUAAAGUGGAGAUCAUCAUUGAGGAGUCUUACGAGUUUAAGAGCACAGUGGACAAGCUGAUCAAGAAGACCAACCUGGCUCUGGUGGUGGGGACCAACUCCUGGAGAGAGCAGUUCCUGGAGGCCAUCACUGUCAGCGCAGAUGAGGACGAAGAUGACGCCGGCGAGGAGCGGCUGCCGUCCUGUUUCGACUACGUCAUGCACUUCCUCACCGUCUUCUGGAAGGUGCUGUUUGCUUGCGUUCCUCCCACCGACUACCUGAACGGCUGGGCCUGCUUCCUCAUCUCCAUUGUCAUCAUCGGCGUGCUCACCGCCAUCAUUGGAGACUUGGCCUCUCACUUCGGAUGCACCAUCGGCCUGAAGGACUCGGUCACUGCCGUGGUUUUCGUUGCUCUUGGCACGUCUGUCCCAGACACGUUUGCCAGCAAAGUGGCGGCGGUUCAGGACACGUACGCCGACGCUUCCAUCGGGAACGUCACGGGCAGCAAUGCGGUCAACGUCUUCCUGGGGAUCGGCAUGGCCUGGUCGGUGGCCGCCAUCUACUGGCGCGUGCAGGGCAAGGCCUUCAGGGUGCAGGCCGGCUCGCUGGCCUUCUCCGUCACCCUCUUCACCAUCUUCGCCUUCCUGGCCGUGUCGGUGCUGCUCUACAGGCGCAGGGCUCACAUCGGCGGCGAGCUGGGCGGCCCGCGCGGACACAGACUGGCCACGUCCGCCUUCUUCUUCAGCCUGUGGUUCCUCUACAUCCUCUUCUCCAGCCUGGAGGCCUACUGUCAUAUAGAAGGCUUCUGAAGUCCUCCUCACUGUGGAGACACUGUGGCUCUGGCGUGGAGCGCAGCAGGAGAGCCUCUCUGCUGCCCUCCAUCAGGGCGAGGCCGGGGUGGGAGCCAGACCGUGCCAAGGGGCAGCUCUGCAUUCCACUUGGAAGAGACUGCGUCUUAUAUACCCGCCGAGAGUUGUGUUAACCAGAAGUCUCUAUUUUUCUCAAUGUUUGAUGGGAAUGACUCUUUUCUAAAAAGUAUUUUAGGGAUAAAAUACAAAAAAAAAAACCACACACAAAUUUGAAUCAAAUCACUAUUUUCUGAUCGGUGUACAACAGGAGAUGAUAUAGUCAAUGGAUUUAUUUAUGUCGCGUGAAAGCAGAAUGGAUUUUAGUGUUUAGUUUCUCCCUGGUUUCCUCAGAAGGAGGCAGCGGCGCUGACGGACCUGCUCCAGCUGCCUGGAACGCUGCUCCUCCACUCUCUCUAUACCCAGUAUGGUUCCAUAGUUUCUGUAUAUUUUGGAAACGUGUCCCGGUGUGGUCACUCUGCUCCCUGCGAGGACGGCUCACACUGGAUUCUUUGCUUUUCACCGCACCCUAAGAGCUCGUGCUUGAUUUACUGGAGGCUCCGUGGCUUGGUCCGUGACCCGCCCGCUCUCUGUCCUGAAGGAAGUGCUGCUGCUCCAGAGAUCAAGUCAGAGGUAUUUUUCUACUCUUCCGUCCAUGCACUUUGAUGCGUAGACCUGUUUAUGGAGACUUCUAUACGCGACGUGCAGUUAGUGGAUCAGAGUGCCUGCGGAGGACAGUCGACACUCUCACUCCCACUGAAGAGAUUCUUUUUUAGUGGUUUCAUACUAAACUCCAGCCAAUCCUUCUCCACCUCAGACAGCAGCCCCACCUCUUGUGUCCUUUUUUUGUUUGGUUUUGACAUGAGUCCGUCAACUACAGUCAAGGCUAAUUCAGCAUUGGCUGAAUCACCUGCGGACAGCAGUGCCGAGCGUCUGCACCUGAGAAUUCAGGACGGAACAUUACUGACAAGCCACUAACAAUUGUCCCUGAGCAAACAGCUCCAUCACAUCCAUGCAGAGCUCCAGUUGUGUAGUUAGCGCUCAAAUGUUGGCGAUGGAAUUUCACUCCUUUUUUAUCACCUCAUUUCUCUAAAUAUCCUCAUGACGAUUGGUCCCUUACUCUCCUGUCCAUCCAGGUGGCUGCUCUUUGUCAGACAAACAUACUUUCCUUCACAUUUGAGGGCGUGCCAUCAAAAAAGAACCUCUUCAGUGUGUGAGAGCCCAGAACAGCGUGUAGCUCCAGGUCGACCGGGACCUGAUUUUGAAUGCUGUUUCACACACGACUGGUGCUUCAUUCUUAAAACCGCGUUUCUAGCUCGCCGGUCACAAAGGCUCAGAAGUUUCUGGAGGGCAACCAAAGAGGUCAUGUAUUCAGGUGGCAGUAAGUGGCAGUGGUGUAAAUAGAAACCGACGCUUCUCUGGACCUGGCUGACGCCCGCCUCGCCCCCCUCACCCACGACGUCCACUGUUGCCGCUGCACUCGACACCUCACACACACUGUACAUAACCUUCUGUGUAUGUUUACAAAGACACAACACUGGUGUCCUGCACUGGUCACAGCCACAUCCAGAGUCACUCGCAGCAGGUGUCAGUGGACGGGCACCAGAACUGGCCCGUCGUCGUCCUCAUCGUGCCCCUGGUUACCGUCUCAUGUUUGUUUUACUUUGACCUGCCGGGACGAGCUGAACUAGGCCGCUGUGUGUGUUGUGCUGUGCAUGUUGCCGAGUUCUCUGCACUCACAGGUGAUCAAGUCACAAAUGAAUCUCAAAGGUCUUAAUGGAGUUGAAAACAUCACUUCUCAAUGGCACCAGUAUUUUUUUUCUCUUGUUUUCUGCCAGUGAUGAUGAUGAGGAUGACGGUGAAGGCUUCACUGAUGUGUUGUUUUACUUUUUAUGUAACAGAAAAGGGGCACAGUUUAAAUAGAUACUUAUGUUUCCCUGGCCUGCGAUGAGAUGUCAUAAUAAAAAAAUACUUAUUUCCAAAGUCCGUGAUGUUUUUGAGGAGACAUUUUUGGAUCCUUUAAUCUUGAAUAAACAGAUUCACGAGCAACUAUAACGUUAAGAAGCGUUGUUUUUAUUUGGGCCGUCGUCUUCUCACACAGUGAAUAUUAAAUAUUGCACUGUCAAUAGUCGGUUCUCAUUUUUAACUCGCAAUUAGUGGCAAAUGAUCACUCAUUUUGCAGCUGCUCUAAAUGUUACCUAAAGGAAGAUGUUCCCAACACAAGUAUACACGCAUAUCUUCCUUUAAGUUACAUUUAUAAC